GAUGACCGUUUAUCCUGUUUCCCACAGAGAUGGCGUGCACAAUAGAGAAGGUGUUGGCUGAUGCAAAGGUUUUGGUGGAGCGACUGAAGGAUCAUGACAAUGCAGCUGAAUCUCUCAUCGAACAGACAACAACACUCAACAAAAGAGUGGAGAGUAUGAAGGAAGUUGGAACAGGAAUCCCGGACAGGAACCAGGAAGAUAUUGCAGAGCUGCAGAAGCUGGCCAGUCACAAACCGCAUGCCAUCCUCUCUCAAGAGAAUACUCAGAUCCGGGAUCUGCAGCAGGAAAAUAAAGAGCUGUGGCUUUCACUGGAGGAGCACCGUUAUACCUUAGAACUCAUCAUGAGCAAAUACCGGAAGCAGAUGUUAAGGCUCUUAACAUCAAAGAAUAAGCUGGACAGUGCAUCAAUUACCACUUUACACCAGGAGCAUUCCCAGGAGCUGCAAACCACGGUAGAACAGAUAUGUGAAAUGGCCAGAGUAAUGAGGAAGUCUGUUCAAGUGGAUGAUCAAGAGUAUUGUCAAAUUCAAGAGAAAAUAGCCCAGCUGGAGCUUGAAAAUAAAGAAUUACGGGAGCUAGCAUCAUUCAGUAAGGAAGUAUUACUUCCAGAGAAUCUUCACCAGCCACCUCACUCUGGUAAAUAAUCUUAGCUGCAACAGUCUCUGAAUCUAGUUCCUGCACUGCCUUGCAAACACUCGAACGGUGCCUCCAGUUCACAGCUGGCUGUGUUCUUCCUGAUGCUCAGAAAAGAUUGAAGUUUUAACCAGGAACCAGUGCAGCUUCAUGUUUCAUUGGUGCUUUCAUUGCCUUUGGGGAAUCUUUAGUGAACCAUGAAGUUUUACGGAAGUGCUUUUCCCCGCAACAGCCUCCUCCAAAAAAUCCAUUUCCUUUAGUCAUGUCUUGAUGUUUAUGUCCUACCAUCACUGUUGCCAGUCUCCAUGUGAUCUGUUUCUGCUAUGAAGACAUGUCGAGCUAAGCCUAUGGAUCUCCUCAUGCUCUGGUUGCUGCCUCAUAAUCCUGCAACAGGCCAAGCGCCUCUGACAUGGCAGGUCCAAUUCUGCCUCAGUUAUUGGUCCUCAUAUCCAGCAAGAUUGUAUCAGAUCUUUAAUGCAUUAUGCAAAAGCCAAAUCAUAAAUAUCAAAUUAUCAAUGGGCCAACAGCUCUGACUUCGAACUUCAGAUGUGAGCAGUAUUGGUGUUUGUGUGUUCGUGUGUUCCUGUGUUCCUCUACGCUUGGUCCUUGCUGAGUUAGCUGAUCUCAGCUAACAUUGCACUAUUGAUCUUAAUGUUCCAGCCUAAAAUAGGAUAAUCAGCCAAGAUUUUUGCUGUCCAUAGCUUGCUUCCUACAAGAAAGAAUGUAUGGACUUGACGUGAGAGAGAUCAGAUUCAGCUAUGAUACCCCACCCAUUGAAUAGGCUCCUGAUGCCUUCUGUUCCAACUUGCACAGGAAGAAUAGCUGUUUGGAUGCGCUGAAAGACUAUUUCUACUGUGAUCAUGGGAUAACAUCUUUAGAAGAGAUGUGGUGGUAAAUUGAGGGCAGCAAAUACUUUACAGACCUGAGUAGGAAUUUGGUUAAGAUGAAGGUGUGAGCAUAUCUGAACCAUAAUGUUCUAUCCUUGGUCAUUCUGCUGUUAAUCACCUUGAAUAUAAAAUGAAUUAAAGAACAUGACAGGGUAUUAAGUCUGUGAUGUUCCUGCUCCAUGAAUCCUACAAAUAAAUACAAAAUACUGUGGAUGCUGAAACUGAAACAUUAGCAGAAGAUGCUGGAGAAAUUCAGGUCUGGGAGCACCUGUGGAGAGAGAAACAGAGUUAUUGUUUCGAGAACACUAUGACUCUUCCUCAACCCAAAUGCUGCCAGGCCUGCUGAGUUUUUCCAGCAAUUUUUGUUUGUUACAUGAAUCCUGCAGUUUUGGUCUGUUUUCUCUCCUUCCCAUCUUUCCUGCACCAUUUACACAAGUGUGUGUGGCCAGAAGCAUUACACCCUUGAAUUCUGAUCAUUACUUUCAAUGCACUUAACCUUCCCUGAGAUUAGUUUGAAAAAUGUUUCUUUUGACUAAAAGUAUAGAUGGACAGUACAACAAUAUUUUAUCCAAAUUGAAAAGGGAGACUGGGAGACUCUCUGUUCUGGUAAAGUGUGGAGACAGCUUUGCCUUUCUGCACAUGUCUGCACAUUGACAGCCAGACUAAGAGGAGCCUGGGGUUUGAGUAAUGGGAGCUCUGCUCAUCUUGGAUCUCAUCAUUUAUACAACUGGAAAACUGACUCUGGAACCUUUUAACUUGUUCAGCCAAGGCCUAGCAUUUGUAAUUGUCCAAAUAAAUUGAGUGUUUUUUUUAAACCAAA